AUGGCCAGCCCGGCCGCCUCCCCCUCUCCCGCCUCAAUGAGGGCCGGCCCGCGGGUCCCCACCGACGGGGUCCCGCCGCUCUCCGCGAUCCGCGACGAGACGGCGGCUGGCCGGCGCGAGGCGACAAUCGGGCUGGGGACGGCGGGGGUGGCGGCGGCGCUGCGGGCGGAGGAGGUGCGGGGGCGGUGUCAACGGCCGAGGAGGAGGAGGGAGGGUCAGGAGAAGAAGAGGGAAGGGGGGGAUGGUGGUGGUGGUGGUGGUGGGAUAGAAGGGGUGGAGGAUUGGGAUGUGCUCGGGGGAGCGGGGGAGAGGGUGGGGAGGUAUUUUGUUGUAAGGAGCGGGAAGGGUGAUGGUGUUGUUGGGGACGCGGAUGCGGAGGGGAGGAUGGUGAAAGGGGAGGAGUGA